AUGGCCACCGACAAGCCUGUUGUCCUCAUCAUCGGCGGCGGCUGGCAAUCGCCGGCAAGUUACGACAAGCUCGCCAAGGCGCUCGAAGCGGCCAGCUAUGAGGUCCACUGCCCUCGCCACCCGUCACUGAACCAGGCGCGACCUCCGACUGAUGGCUUGGCCUCGGACUCGCGGCACAUGCGAGCCUACGCCAAGAAGCUGGUCGACUCGGGCCGUCGCGUCGUUGCCCUUAUGCACUCGUACGGAGGCCAAGUCGGCAGCAACUCUCUGCAUGGCCUGGGCCUCGACAGCCGCUCCAAGAGGGGGCUGCCUGGCGGCGUGUCGGACCUUGUCUACUUGUGCGCCUUUGCCCUUCCUGAGGGCGGUUCCGUGGCUGGCAAGAUCAAGGAAAUGGGCGAUGAGGCCUUUAUGCCCUUCCUUUUAAACUUUGACCAGGACAUGACGCUCUUCUUCCAUGGUCCACCGGGCAGUGCCAGUGCCGACCAACGAGGGUUCGAGGCAGACAUCAAUGCCACCAUGGUCCGCUGGAACGGCGAGUGCUUAUACAAUGCCAUCACGCACUGCGCCUGGAGGGAGAUGCCAGUUACGUACAUUUACACACCCUACGACAGCGUCAUGUCCUUGACCUAUCAGACGUCGAUGGUGGCUUUGCUGGAGGAGCAGGGCCGCAAGGUCCAGACUUAUAAGCUGGCCACUGGCCACUUCGCCCACUUGACUGCCGCAGACGCCAUUGUCGAUGUCAUCAACAAGGUGGUCCGAGGUAUUCCUACUGUCGUACACGGGACAGAACAAUGA